AUGUUGUCCUUUGUUCAUCCAUUUCAGGUAUCAUUGCUUGAAGCUGCUAGCACCCUCCUGCUCGUCUGUGCCACGUAUGCCAUCUCACUCGCCGUGUACCGCGUUUACCUGCACCCAUUGUCGAAGUACCCAGGCCCAAAACUCGCUGCAGCAACGCAAUGGUACGAGUUCUACUUCGACGUGCUCAAACGCGGUCGCUUCGCCUGGGAAAUCAAACGCAUGCACGACCUAUACGGUCCCGUUGUUCGCAUCAACCCCCACGAGUUACACGUGUCUGAGCCGGAGUUCUAUGACGAGCUGUAUGCCGGACCUACGAAGAAGAGGAACAAAUACAACUGGGCGUACGAUCUCGCCAUGGUCGAAGGCUCGGCGUGGACUACACUCGACAACGACUUACACAGGAAGCGAAGAGCGCCACUCGCACCUUACUUUUCGCUAUCUGCGAUAAGACAGUUCGAUCCUGUGAUUCGAGAAAAAUUGAAAAUCUUGGACCAAAAACUUGAGAAGUGCAGGGACAGCAACAAGGUAAUUUGUCUGGAUGACGCAUUCGUAGCACUUGCCACCGACAUCAUCACUCAGUAUGCAUUCGGUGUCAGCCAAGGGUUGCUUGAAGCAGAUGAAUUCAACCCGGGCUGGUUGAAGCUACUGAGAGGUACAAGUGAACAGUCACUCCUGACGAAGCACGUACCGUGGCUGGUGCGUGGACUCAGAAGGGUCCCUGUGGCAUUGCUGCUAUGGCUUGAGCCCCAAGUGGCUGAAGCAGUGCGAUUUUCCGAGGACGUGCAACGAAGUCUGGACAACGCUAUAUCCGACAAACACAAGCGUGACUCUCACAACGUGCAUCCCACCAUCUUCCAUGAACUCCUAAACAGCGAUCUGCCCGCGUCCGAGAGAUCGCCCAAGCGCCUCCUCAGCGAAGGUCUAGUCGUCGUCGCAGCAGGCACGCUCACAUCAGCACACUAUCUCAAAACGACCGCCUACCACAUCCUCGCCAACCCAGCCGUGCUGGAGCGCCUACAGGAAGAGCUCGAAACAGUCAUGCCGGAUGCUGAAGUCCUCCCACCCUUCCAAGACUUGAACCAACUCCCCUACUUCAACGCCGUCAUAAACGAAGGCUUCCGCCUCACCCACGGCGUCAUCACCCGCCUGACACGCAUCGCACCCACCGAAGCCCUGCACGUCCCCGGAACCACCUUCACCAUCCCAGCCGGAACACCGACCAGCAUGAGCUCCUGGCUCGUGCAUCUCCACCCCGCGCUCUUUCCCUCACCGGACGCGUUUCGGCCGGAGCGCUGGCUCGAGCCCGGCGCGGAGCGGCUAAAAAAGCACCUUGUGAACUUCAUAAAGGGGAGCAGGGUUUGUCUUGGCAAGGAUCUCGCGCGCGCAGAGAUCGUCUAUACGCUGGCCCUGCUCGUGCGGAGGUGGGCCGCGCGUGGGCGCGAGGGGAUGGGGAUGCGGCUGUGGGAGACGACGAGGCGGGAUGUGGAGAUUGAGCGGGAUUUUUUUAAUCCGUUUCCUGCGCUUGAUAGUCAAGGCGCGAGGGUGGUGUUUGGGUGA